GCGUGCGGGCCCGGAUCCCUCUUCAACCUUCGCUUCUUCGGAGGGGCACCUUCAAGCGGCUCCGCGGUGCACCGGCAGCGGCUUCCACACCUCCGGAGAACACGCCAGAAGAAAGACUUUAAAAAUAAAACAACCAUGUCUUUCCUCACCGUCAGCAGGCUAGCGCCUAAACUCCUCAACUCAAAGAGCGCAACCUACUUCAUCACGGCUGCCAGAAACACCAGCGCCUCCACAACGAAUCUGAAGGAUGUUCUGUCCGACCUCAUCCCUAAAGAACAGAGCAGGAUCAAGAACUUUAAACAGCAAUAUGGCAAAACCAACAUAGGGCAGGUUACUGUGGACAUGGUGUACGGAGGUAUGAGGGGGAUGAAGGGUCUUGUUUAUGAGACUUCCGUGCUGGAUCCUGACGAGGGCAUCCGUUUCAGAGGCCACAGCAUCCCAGAGUGUCAGAAGUUACUCCCCAAAGCUGCCGGAGGUGAAGAGCCGCUGCCCGAGGGCCUCUUCUGGCUGCUGGUCACGGGACAGGUGCCCACUGAGGAGCAGGUCAAAUGGGUGUCCAAAGAGUGGGCUAAAAGAGCGGCGCUCCCCUCACACGUGGUCACCAUGCUGGACAACUUCCCCACCAACCUGCACCCCAUGUCUCAGUUCAGCGCCGCCAUCACGGCACUCAACAGUGAAAGCAGCUUUGCACGCGCCUACUCGGAGGGCGUGCACAAGUCCAAGUACUGGGAGUUCGUCUACGAGGACUCCAUGGACUUGAUUGCCAAGCUGCCCUGCAUCGCCGCCAAGAUCUAUCGCAACCUGUAUCGCGAAGGCAGCAGCAUCGGCGCCAUCGACUCCAACCUGGACUGGUCCCACAACUUCACCAACAUGCUGGGUUACAGCGACGCCCAGUUCACUGAGCUCAUGAGACUCUACCUCACCAUCCACAGUGACCACGAAGGAGGCAACGUCAGCGCCCACACCAGCCACUUGGUUGGCAGCGCCCUGUCAGACCCUUACUUGUCCUUCAGCGCCGCCAUGAACGGCCUGGCCGGUCCUCUGCACGGUCUGGCCAACCAGGAGGUGCUGGUGUGGCUGACGGCCCUGCAGAAGGAGCUGGGAGGCGAGGUGUCGGACGAGCGCAUGAGGGAUUACAUCUGGAACACGCUCAAGUCCGGAAGGGUGGUGCCGGGCUACGGCCACGCCGUCUUGAGGAAGACGGACCCUCGCUACACCUGCCAGCGCGAGUUCGCCCUGAAGCACCUGCCCAACGACCCCAUGUUCAAGAUGGUGGCCCAGCUCUACAAGAUCGUGCCCGACGUGCUGCUGGAGCAGGGCAAAGCCAAGAACCCCUGGCCCAAUGUGGACGCCCACAGUGGCGUGCUGCUGCAGUACUACGGCAUGACGGAGAUGAACUACUACACGGUGCUGUUUGGUGUGUCGCGGGCUCUCGGCGUGCUGGCCCAGCUGGUGUGGAGUCGAGCCCUGGGCUUCCCGCUGGAGCGCCCCAAGUCCAUGAGCACGGAUGGACUCAUGUCUCUGGUGGGCUCCAAGUCGGGCUGAGGCAGGGAGGAGGUCAGAGUUCACGCCCGCCCCACCCACCCC